UAGAUGAUGCUGCAGCCCAGUUUCUGCACCGGGGCCGCCUCUUUUAAGCAAAUGAAAACGACCAAACACCCGCUGAAAUAUGUUUAUUAACUCCAGGUUUUCUUUUCUUUUGCUGGUGACAUUUUAACUGCAGCUCAGAGGACAAACACUUCAAACAAUAAGCUUCCCAUGUAUUAGGAGGGGGAAAUGGACACGGUUAUAAUCUCCUCCUUGUAAAUAUCAGCAUGUUGGAUAAAACCGAUGGCCAGCAGGAGUCCUCCAGGCUCUGUUCAGACUGUGGAUGCAGUUACAGCCCACCACAGCUGGACUCCCAGGCGGAAUCCAUCUCAGCUAAACAGAAGCAGAUAGAAAACACAAAUGCUUCAUCCAAAUGUCCAUCCUGUGAAGCUGGAAGCAGCAGUGGCCCCCCUAACGGCCGGCGGGCCCAGCGACACAUUCGACUGGACCCUCACAGCUGCAGCAUAUGCAAAAAAACCUUCAUCUCAUCCGCCCACCUCAGCCUUCAUCUCACCUCCCACAACAAGGAAAGGAAGUUCAGAUGCAACACUUGUGGAAAGCUUUUCCAUCAGUCGUCUCACUUGAUGGCUCACAAGGUAAUCCACAGUGGUGAAAAACCAUUCAAAUGCCCUGAGUGUGGGAAGAACUUUGGCCGUGCGUCACACCUGAAGACCCACCGUCGGCUACACACAGGGGAGAAGCCUUUUAAGUGCACGUUCUGCAGCAAGGCUUUCACCCAGAAGGCUGGGCUCCUGGCACACAUUCGCCUCCACGCUGAGGACAGGCCCUUCAAGUGUGGCGGGGGCUUUCGCUCUAUGACAAACCUGAUCUCCCACAAGACCCAGGAGACCUCCAGAGAUGCCAGACCCACAUCUACCUCUGCGUCUCUAGGUAAUCAGCCUACGGAAAUGCCAAGCAACAUGGUGGAUCUGAAGUGUGGCGUCUGCUGCCGCACGUUUGUCCGCUCAUCAUACAUCCGGCUUCACAUACGGCUAAAAAAAGGCCAGCGGCCGUAUCACUGCAAAGUGUGCAACAAGACCUUCGUCAAGCUGGAAACGUUUGUGAAUCACUGUGACAACCACUUGAGGCAGAAAAGGGAAAAAAUGGGGGUAAAAUAUGAGGUGGUCAAGCCUCCACUGUUUGUUCCGCUCUCCAGGCCCCCUUCUCCAGAGAGCUUACCUACUCAGGAGUUAUCCCCGGAGAUGAACACACACUCCAAAAUAAAAACAGAAACUGAGAGUAAUGUUUAACACUGAGAUGCAUCAGGAAGGGAUACAGCUCAGAGAUGUCAGUUGAUGGCAUUUCACAAAAAAUGUUUACAGAUAAAGAGGAGAAAACAAAAAAGUGAGUGGGAUAGUAACACCUAAAUAAAAAUUUACCUGAUGAGCAGUAUUUUAUUUUAGAAAAUGUGCUUUUAAGCUGUUUUUGUCAGUUUUGUUUUUUUUGUUGUGGGAAUGAUGAUUAACAUGACAGAAAUCUUGCAGAUGUUGAAGUGAACAUGUUAUUAGAAGAGCAACGUUGUCAGUGAAUUAAAGUGAAAUACAAACGUUCCUGAAGCGUAUCUGACCCACUUUCAUCUUCUUUUCUGUUAGGUUUAUUGAUCUGCAACCUCAUAUGUGUAGAGCUUUAGAAACCAUUUGGAAACAGCAUAGGUCGAUAAGGCCUCUUAUGGUACGAUAACCGUGGGUAGAAAUACUCUUAAAAAAAAAAAAAGGUUUUAGUUUCCUAUUCCUAUUUUUGCUGAAA